UUGGUAUAAUUCUUGGAAUUUUAAUAGUCAUAGCAAUGAUAGGAUUUUGUUGUUUUAGCUACUUUAAACGUCGUUAUAUAUUUCGUGAUUCUUCACUUUCACAUCAGGAAACCGGUACUAUCACCUCUCGUGACAUACCCAAACUUCAAAACAAUCUCCAAAAAAAUAUUUUUCAAAAUAAUCUCCAAAACACUAGUUCUAAUUUUUCAUCACACACUACUAACCAAGUCGAUCACUCAUACACUGCAAGAUUAACAUCAAAUGCUGAAAUGCCAUCUCAACGUGUUGAUUCUCCAUCUCUAACUGAAGGUGGAAGUAGUGGAUUUUCAGUUGAUGGACGUUCCACUCCUUCAAAUUCUUUAAAUGCAUUUCAAAUGUCAAACACAACUUUAUAUUAUAAUGGAAUUGAAAUUCCACCACCAGGUGCUCGGAUUAUUCCAUUAGAAUUACAAAUGCAGAUUGGAAAAGAAAUUAUGGUCCAAAGAGAAGAUUCUCGAAUUUCAUUAUUACCAUAUCUUGGCUCAAAAUAUAAAUUAUCUGAUCUGCCAUCAGGUACCAUAAAUAAUAGACCUUGUAGUUUAUAG